GGAGCCCGUCGGGGCACCGAGUCUGUCGACUGCAGCGGGGGGGGCCGGUGAUGCCGUCGCCGAGGUACGGCUGUCCCGGCUUCGCUGGGCCGUGCUGCUGCUCUUCAGCAGCUACUCCCUGUGCAACGCCUUCCAGUGGAUCCAGUACGGCAGCAUCAGCAACGUCUUCGUGAACUUCUACGACGUGAGCACCUUCGCCAUCGACUGGCUUUCCAUGAGCUACAUGCUCGUCUAUAUCCCCCUGCUCUUCCCUGUCGCCUGGCUGCUGGACAAGAGGGGCCUGCGCAUCAUCGCCCUGGCUGGCUCGGCCCUCAAUGCCAUGGGUGCCUGGGUGAAGCUGGGCAGCCUGAAGCCGCACCUCUUCCCCGUCACUGUCCUGGGACAGGUCAUCUGUGGCCUGGCCCAGGUCUUCAUCCUGGGUAUGCCCUCACGCAUCGCCUCGGUCUGGUUUGGCUCCCACGAGGUCUCCACCGCCUGCUCCAUUGCGGUCUUUGGGAACCAGCUUGGCAUUGCUGCAGGCUUUCUGAUCCCUCCAGUUCUGAUUCCUAAUGUGGAUGAUGUGGAGAAGCUGGCCCACCACAUCAGCAUCAUGUUCUUCAUGACUGCAGGUGUGGCAUCAGCCCUGUUCAUCCUGGUCAUCAUAGUCUUCAAGGAGAAGCCCCCAAACCCUCCAAGCCAAGCUCAGGCCUCGAUCCAAUCAAGACCGACUGCAGAGUAUUCCUACGUGCAAUCAAUCCUCCGCCUGCUCCGCAAUGCCAACUUUUUGCUGCUUAUGGUCACUUAUGGUCUGAAUGUAGGUUGUUUCUACGCCUUGUCCACUUUGCUGAACCGCAUGGUGAUCCAUCACUACCCAGGGGAGGAGGUGAAUGCCGGCAGGAUUGGACUCACCAUUAUACUGUCUGGGAUGGCUGGGGCUCUGAUCUCCGGCAUCUGGUUGGACAAAACCAAAACCUACAAGCAAACAACGCUAGCUGUCUAUCUCAUGUCUCUGGUGGGAAUGAUAGUCUAUACCUUCACUCUGAGCCUGGGCCACCUCUGGGUGGUCUUUGUGACUGCUGGAUUGCUGGGGUUUUUCAUGACAGGAUACCUUCCCCUGGGCUUUGAGUUUGCUGCAGAGUUGACAUACCCAGAAUCAGAAGGAACAUCAUCAGGGCUCCUCAAUGUCUCAGCACAGAUUUUUGGUAUUGCCUUCACCAUUGGCCAAGGGCAAAUCAUGGAUCACUUUGGGACAAUGGCAGGAAACCUCUUGCUUUGUUCUGUCCUGUUCCUGGGGACCGUUAUGACAGUUUUCAUUAGGGCUGAUCUCCGAAGACAACAGGCUAAUUUGGAACAUGAACAGACAAGACUUCAAGGCAACAGUCAGAUCAUGGAUUAUGGGACUAUAGCUUGUAACUCUAACCCCAUCAAUUGCCACUCCUGGUCACUAGCUUAAACCCACCAUGGUAGGAUAAUUGCACCAAUCUACUUUGAACACUCAGAGGGUGGCAGAGGCACCAAGCCAAUGGCAUUUCUGGGGUGACUACAGUGGCUGUAGAUUAUCAAGAAUGUUUCUGGGCUUCUCAGAUGCUCAGCUGAGAGGAAAGACAAAACAGCCUCCAAGAACAGAGUGGUGAUCCCCCAGACUCAUGUCAGACAGAGAUGUAGGGAUUUAGCUAAGUGCAGCAAAGCAAAGCCUGGUGCUGGAGCAGAUGGAGAACUGAACUGUCAGUCAUUUUUUAACGGGAGGAGGUACAGACAUUUGGAGCCAUGUUCUCUGACAUUAUUUUUACAGUCCAGAUUCUUGGCUGGAGGUGAUACCAGGAACCCUUUAAAGAAUUGGCUUUGAUCACAGCCAGGGUGCAUGGCCAACUUCAAGAAGGAAAUUUAAAAACAUGUAGCAAGAACAGUCAUUGGGCUGGUGCCUUGUGGUAUAAGAAUGCCUGAAAAUUGUAAAGCUCUGUUUUUGUUGAUCUGUGAAUCUCAGUGGUGCUUUGCAUUUUCUCAGCUGUUGCUUGGGGUGGUAUGGUAUGCUUUACUACUCAGUGUCCUCUGCUUCACACUGACAGGCUGGUCUGCUAAGCUAUUUGUGCUACCCUUGGCUUUUCAAGGUGUGAUAGACUGUGUGUAUCAUUCAGUGCCACAGCCAACAGGACUAACAGGUAAAAGCAGAGUGAGUUGAUUGGGAAAACCAGCCUUAAACUGCUAAGAUUAGGGCAUGUUCUACAGGGACCAUGAAGUUGCUAUGCUUUGAUGAAAGUAUGAGAAAGAGUCCCAUGGGCAGGGAAGGAGUGAUGGUAAAUGGAGUUAUAUCCAGCUGGCAUCAGGUCACCAGUGGUGUGCCCCAAGGCUCAGUACUGGGGACAGUCCUGUUUAAUGUCUCUGUCGAUGACCUGCAUGAGGGGAUUGAGUCCACCCUUAGACAGUUUGCAAACCAAACACCAAGUUGGAGGAGUAUUGUUGGAGGGUUGGAAGGCUCUGCAGAGGGACCUGUCCAUGGACUGAGGUCAUUUUAUGAGGCUUAACAAGGUCGACUGCUUGGUCCUGCAGCUGGGUCACAACAACCCCAAGCAGUGCUACAGGCUUGGAGAAGAGCAGCUGGAAAGUUGCCCAUUGGAAAAAGACCUGGGUCAGCAGCCACUGAACAUGAGCCAGCGUGUGCCCAGGUAGCCAAGGGGGCCAGUGGCACCCUGACUUAUGUCAGAAAUAGUGUGGCCAGCAGGACUAGGGAAGGGAUUGUCCACUUGUUGAGGCUGUACCUCGAGUUUUGUGUCCAGUUUUUGGGCCACUCACUACAAGAAGGAUUUUGAGAUGCUGGGGCAUAUCCAGAGAAGGGCA